CCAGGCGGCCAGGCCUGAGCGGAGAACACACACACUCACACACACAGAAAAAAAAAAGAAAAAGAGGGAGAGAGGAUGGAUGGAGGGAGGUGGCAGUGGAUGGAAGUGCAUAUGAAACUGGUGCACAUGAAAUGCCGAAACCCAGCAGUCGGAGCAUUUUCAUCCACUGUUGUGAUGUUUAUCCCCUGAGGGAGACACAUCGAGACGGGAAGAGUGUUGUGUGUGUGUAGAUCUGUGUGUGAGGAUCGACAUGACGCAGUGGUGGGCGCUGCUCAUCACUGUUUACCUGUCCAUGUACCUGACAGCCACUCAGCACCACAGGAAAGCUCUGUAUCCAUCUGCAUAUAGGAUAAAGCGUGGGGCGUAUUCGCUGAUCAACCCCACGUUCCAGCGCUCUGUGGAGGAUGUCAACCUGCUGUUUGAGAUCCUGCUCGCUGGGAUGCAGAUCCAAGGUGAAGAGCUUGAUAUGCUGAUCCCAGACGAGGAGCUGGCCUCCCUGAGGUGCGUGGAGAAGCUGGAGGUCAUCUGUGAGGACGUCCUGCCCAAGAGGCUCUCUGACAUUCGUCGUCUGACGGCGGAGCUCGCCCAGCGCCGGCAGCCUCUGAGCUGGCAGGACUUUGAGAGGACGGUGCUGACCCUGGUGUACGCCACUCAGACGCUGGUUCGAGUCAGCAGUCAGCAGCAGAGGGAGGCGUGGAUGGAUGCUGUGGUACAGCUGUUCAGAGCCGUUCAGAAGGACCUCAGACCGUCUUGAGAAAGAAUCUUUUUUCCAAAAAGACAUUUUUGUGUUGAUUUCACUUGCUCAUGUUCACACAUAUCUGACUUUUACCCUGCAGCUCUUCACUCAGACUGUGUUUGCAGUUAUAUACACACUCUAGACACAACUGUCAAGAUUAUUUUGGCCAAAAUGAUUCCAGUUGACGAUAUUGUUGCAACAUUAUUCUGCUUAUAACUCUCAAAAUGAAACUAAAACAUACUGGAAUCACUUCAGCUUAUAUUUUGUAAAUGUGAGAAAAAAUUUAUUGCAUCACAGAGAAGACACACGUCUUUUUUUAAGUAAUAAAACUAUGUGAAAUGGCA